AUGUUUCUGGCGCAAAUAUUUCAUGCGGUGGUUAACUUUUCCAAGAAUGUUGUUUGGAGAAAGACCGUCCCAGAGCACAAUCUGUCCCAGGAGUUGCUGGAGCAGUUUUGUUUUAACCUCAAGAGCCUGAGGCGAAUCUCCAAGGCAGUGUGGAUUGAUGAGUCGGACCUGCAUGCGGAAGGGGUGAACAGUGUGAAGCAAGCUCUGGAGAAGCUUAAUUUCAAUAUCGUUGAAAUGAAGGACGAGACAGCAACUCUUGAUGGUGGGGAUGUCCUCUUUACAGGUAAAGAAUUUUUUGUGGGUCUUUCGAGCAGAACCAAUCAGCGUGGUGCCCAAAUUUUGGCAGAUGUUUUUAAGGACUAUGCAGUCUCCACAGUGAAUGUGACAGGUACUCUGCAUCUGAAGACUUUCUGCACUAUGGCUGGUCCUGACCUGAUUGCCAUUGGCUCAAGCAUGGAUGCUGAGAGGACUCUGGAGCAAAUGCUGGGCUUGAGUGACCACAGCUACAGCACGCUUAAAUUGCCAGAUGAUGAAGCUGCAAACUGUGUUUACCUGAACAGCCCAGAGAAGGGCCACGUUCUACUGCACCGAACUGCAAAGGAGUUUCCUGAAAGUGCUAAGGUGUUUAAAAGCCUGAGCAACUAUACAUUGAUUCCAGUCUCCAACACUGAACUGGCCAAAGUUGAUGGAAGCCUUACUUGCUGUUCCAUACUUCUGAACAAAGGCGCUUGAAAUAUGAAGCUCCUCUUUUUUAAACAAAAAAAGAAAUUUCUUUUAAUUGGCAAUAAUGUGAUUACUACGUUACUGAAUCUAUUCUGAAAUUACAAUCUUAACUUGAGUUCUUCUAAACCCUUCUCUUCCACUGUGCUCUGAAUGCUGUGUUUUGGAAGGCUGGGAUCAAGUAGACUGUUACUGCCACCUUGUGAUUAAAACUAUGUAUAACUUCCUUUUCUUUGAAUUAACUGCUCAGAUAUUCUGACGAGGAUAUAUAUAUAUAUAUUCAGAUGUUAAAAGGGUGAAUUUUAUCUUAUAAGAGAAUGAUUACAAUUUUUAUUUACUUACUACAGUUGAUUGUUUUGUAAGUGGGAAUUAGUUUUCCUUUGUUUUGAUUCUUUUCCAGUGAAUGACAAAAGUUGCUCGUUAAUAUCUCACAGCGCAGGUUUUGGAAUACAACACUUGGUGACUUGCAUGCCUUCAACUGUCUCCUUCGUUUGCAUUCCACAACCUGCUUUCACAUUUCAUAGACCUUGCAGUAAUGAAUCAUUCUAAAUGACCCAAUUCCAUUCUGCCUUCGACCUUACUUGGAGCAAUGGUUCUGCUUAAGUCAGGCUGACCCGUUUGCCAGUGUUUGUGCCAAAGGCUGCUUUGUCUUCAGUUUGCCACAAAGCAUUACCAUGUCUCACGAUUGUCAAAUUUGAUUGCUUGUUGUGUUCUUCAUCUGCUUCAUGUGAAUGAAAUAAAAGUCAUUGCCAAUGCUA